AUGACUAUCACUGAGAUCAAGGACGCUAAGGAGCUCGCGAUGCACAACGAGUACACCGAGGAUGUCGCCGUCUCCAACCAACUUGAUAUCCUCGAGCUGGACGCCAUCGAACAGACGCCGACCGGAAAAUUCGUCUGGCUCGUCACACUCACUGCCUCGAUUGCGGGUGCGCUCUUUGGCUACGACACUGGAAUUAUUUCCGCCGUUCUCGUCUAUCUGGGUACCGACCUCGAUGGCCGCGUCAUGAAUGCAGGAGAGAAGGAAGCUAUCACUUCGCUGUGUUCUGGUGGAGCUUUCUUUGGUGCCAUCAUGGCCGGUCUCACUGCCGACAAGUAUGGUCGCAAGGCGGGCAUCUAUGUCGGGUGCUUGCUCUUCACCAUUGGUGCGAUACUUCAAGGAGCAUCAUACACCUUUGCUCAGAUGUGCGUCGGUCGUCUGAUAGUCGGUCUUGGUGUCGGCUCAGCUGCUAUGAUCGCGCCUUUGUACAUUGCCGAGAUCGCGCCCACUAAGUACAGGGGACGUAUGAUUGGUCUGAAUAACAUGUCCAUCACUGGUGGUCAAGUUAUCUCUUACGCCAUUGGAGCUGGAUUCGCACACGUCCCGAAUGGUUGGAGAUACAUGGUCGGUCUUGGUGGUGUUCCCUCAAUCGCAUUGGCUUGCCUGCUACCUUUCUGCCCGGAGUCGCCUCGUCAAUUGAUCUUCCGCGGACGCGAAGAUGAAGCGAAGAAGGUCUUUGCGCGUGUCUUCCACUCUGCCACUGAGGAACAAAUCAACAACAAGAUUCGUCUCAUCAAGUCCUCCAUCGAGCAGGACAUAACAGUCACCGAAGGAAAGACCCGCUGGCAGCUCAUCAAAGAGCUGCAUACGGUUCCACGAAAUCUCCGCGCCCUUGUUGUAGCAUGCGGUCUAAUGGUCGUCUCCCAGAUGUCCGGAUUCAACACGCUUAUGUACUACUCCUCCACGCUAUUCGCACUCGUCGGUUUCUCCAACCCCACUGCCGUUGGUCUCGUCGUCGCCGGAACCAACUUCGUGAUGACUGCCAUCAACGGUUUUGUCGUCGAUCCCUGGGGUCGCCGAAAAGUGCUUGUUACUCUAUCAUGGGGCAUGUCAGCUGGACUGCUCGCUGUGGCUGUGGCAUUCGUCUACAUACCAAUCAACACUGCAACACUUGAGCUUGAGCAGUCGACUGUUUCCACGGCUGCUAUUGUUGUGUUAGUUUUUAUCAUCUGGUUCGUCAUCUUCUACGGUGUCACUGUGGGCAACACUGCCUGGAUGAGCACCGACUUCUUCAGCCAUGAGGUACGAAGCAUGGGUACAAUGUGGCUAACCUGCUCUUGCUGGGCUUCCAAUGUCAUCGUUUCUUCGACUUUCCUCACCCAGAUGCACUCUCUCACUCCCUGCGGAACUUUCGGCUUCUACGCUGCCAUCUGCUUCAUCGGCUGGCUCCUUAUCAUUUUCUUCUACCCUGAAGUCUCCGGUCUUACUAUUGACGAGACAACCGAAGUGUUCGACAAGCCAACGUUCAAAAUGGUCAGUGAGGCUCGCAAGCUGAGGAAAGAACGCCAGGCUGCCGGCCAACUUCUGAAGGUCGAGAAAUCAAUGGGUGGACACUAG